GUGGGGAGCCGCUUAAUUGGAAGUGAAAGGCUGGACAUCAUCAUUAAUGAACUGUUAUCCGCUGCUAUAAAUAGGGCUGUGGCAGCGGGGCAGUGCCUGGCCCGGGUCAGCUCUGUCCCGCCGGGAAUAGCUGCUAAUCCGCGCUGCCGGGAUUAGCGGGGCCGGGCUGGUCCCGAGCCCGGAGCCACCCCGAGCUUCCAGCGCGGACUUUACCGAGCUGUGAUCAAGGAAACCGAGUCACGGCCUCCGUCCUUGGGGCCCCCGGCUGCGCCGAGCCUUCCUGGGGGCUGGGGUGCGUCUGGGAGGGUCUGGGGUGCUUUGGGGUGGGUUUGGGUAGGCUUGGAGGCGGUUUGUGUGCGUUUGGGGUGGGCUUGGGUGGAUUUAGUGUGGGUUGGGGCGGGUUUGUGCUGUUUUGAGGUAGGUUUGGGUGGGUUUAAGCGUGUCUGGGUUCUGGUUGGGUCCAGUCUCAAACUGCUCCGCGCCCCCCGAGCCAUUUCCACCGCUCGGGUCCCGGGAGGGGAAGGACGGGCCUGGGCUGCGGCCGCUCCCGCUGCCGGACUACAGCUCCCUGCAUGCACCGGGGUGGCGGGGCCGCUCCCGCUGCCGGACUACAGCUCCCGGCAGGCGCCGGGGCGGGGCCGAGGCGGGUCGGGGCCGGCCCGGUAGAGCAGCAUCCCCGCCAAGAUGAACGCGGUGCUGGCGGUCCGGCAGUACGUGUCCAAGAUGAUCGAGGACAGCGGCCCCGGCAUGAAGGUGCUGCUGAUGGACCGGGAGACGACCGGCGCCGUGAGCGUGGUGUACACCCAGUCCGAGAUCCUGCAGCGCGAGGUUUAUCUCUUCGAGCGCCUCGACUCGCCCAACAGGGAGCCCAUGAAGCACCUCAAGGCCAUCUGCUUCCUGCGGCCCACCAAGGAAAACGUGGAGCUCCUGGUGCAGGAGCUGCGAAGGCCCAAGUACAGCGUCUACUUCAUCUAUUUCAGCAAUGUCAUCAGCAAGAGCGAUGUGAAGGCCUUGGCUGAGGCUGAUGAGCAGGAGGUCGUGGCUGAAGUCCAGGAGUUCUACGGUGACUACAUUGCGGUGAACCCACAUGUCUUCUCCCUCAACCUGCUGGGCUGCUGUCGGGGCCGCAGCUGGGACCCAGCUCAGCUCACCAGGACCACGCAGGGGCUCACUGCCCUGCUCCUGUCCCUGAAGAAGUGCCCCAUGAUCCGGUACCAGCUCUCCUCGGAGCCAGCCAAGCGCUUGGCCGAGUGCGUGAAGCAAGUGAUCACCAAGGAGUACGAGCUGUUUGAUUUCCGGCGCACCGAGGUCCCUCCCCUGCUGCUCAUCCUCGACAGGUCGGACGAUGCCAUCACCCCCCUGCUGAACCAGUGGACGUACCAGGCCAUGGUCCACGAGCUGCUGGGCAUCAACAACAACCGCAUCGACCUGUCGCGGGUGCCGGGGAUCAGCAAGGACCUGCGGGAGGUCGUCCUGUCAGCUGAGAACGACGAGUUCUACGCCAAUAACAUGUACCUGAACUUUGCUGAGAUUGGUACCAACAUCAAGAACCUGAUGGAGGAUUUCCAGAAGAGGAAGCCAAAGGAGCAGCAGAAGCUGGAGUCCAUCGCAGAUAUGAAGGCCUUUGUGGAGAACUACCCUCAGUUCAAGAAGAUGUCGGGCACAGUGUCCAAGCACGUGACAGUGGUGGGGGAACUGUCCCGGCUCGUGGCAGAGAGGAACCUGCUGGAGGUGUCAGAGGUGGAGCAGGAGCUGGCCUGCCAGAGUGACCAUUCCAGUGCCCUGCAGAGCGUGCGGCGGCUGCUGCAGAGCCCGCGGCUGUCGGAGCUGGACGCGGCGCGGCUGGUGAUGCUCUACGCGCUGCGCUACGAGCGCCACGGCAGCAGCGGCCUCCCGGCGCUGCUGGAGGAGCUGCGGGGCCGCGGCGGCAGCGACCGCUACCGCAAGCUGGUGUCCGCCGUGGUGGAAUACGGAGGGAAGCGGGUCCGGGGCAGUGACCUGUUCAGCCCCAAGGACGCCGUGGCCAUCACCAAGCAGUUCCUCAAGGGCCUGAAGGGCAUCGAGAACGUGUAUACCCAGCACCAGCCCCUGCUCCAGGAAACCCUGGACCAGCUCAUCAAGGGAAAGCUCAAGGACAGCCAGUAUCCCUACCUGGGCCCCAACACACUCCGGGACAGGCCUCAGGACAUCAUCGUGUUCCUCAUCGGGGGAGCCACCUACGAGGAGGCUCUGGCUGUGUUCAACCUGAACCGCUCCAACCCCGGCGUGCGCAUCGUGCUGGGUGGGACCACCAUCCACAACACCAGGAGCUUCCUGGAGGAGGUGACAGCCGCAGGGUUCCGCGGCCGAAGCGCUGACAGCUCCCAGGUCCCACCAAGGUCCAGCAGCCGACGGUGAAUCCUGAAGCAAUGAGACUUCUGUGCACGUUCAGAGCUUUCCCAGAACAGAGCAGGACGUUCCUGCCCUGCAGCCGGAGCUUCCCCUCCACACCCAGAACGGCAGCGAAUGCUGGAGCUGGCACUAGCCCAAGGGAAGGUUGUGCCCCCACUGCAGCUCCUCGUUGUGCCCUCACAAACAUCUCCAGGACUGGGAUUGUCACCUGAGCAGAGCCUGGGAAAGCCCUUGAGUGGCUGCAGCUCCUUACCAGGACCCAGGGAUGAGUCCCAUGAGGAGCCCAGCGCUGCUGCCCGUGCUGGGGGAGCAGCUGUGGGGGUGCUGCUGUGGCACAGGCGCCCCUUGCUCUUUUGUCUGUAUAUGUUGAAUCCUAUUAAACACCCCACUUUGGCUGAA